CAAAUGUCUUUUAUAUUCAUAUUGAUUUAAGUUGUUCAAAAAAACUUCAUUUAUAUUUUCGGAAAAUAACCAAAUGCGAAAGAGGAAGUAAAAUUUAAUAGAGAAGUUACGCUGGUGAUGUUUACGAAUGGUUAAAGGAAAACAUAAAAAUUUCAUGUAAAAGAAAAAUAUUCGUAGAAGUGAUGAGUUGUCAUAUUUUGGUAGCCGCUAUUGAUUUUGGUACAACUUUCUCCAGUUGGGGUUUCUCAUUUAAACAUGAGUUUGACCUGGAACCAACCAAGAUUACUGCAAAACAAUGGACUGGACUUCAAUCAGCAGUUUCUUUGAAAGGGCCAACGACAAUACUAAUUAAACCAGAUGGGGAAACUAUAGACAGCUUUGGUUUUGAUGCUGAAACAAGGUAUGCUGAACUUGCCGAGGACAGAGAACACAAAGACUGGUACUUCUUCAAGAGAUUUAAGAUGCAGCUCUUUAACAAAAUCGGUCUUAGCCGAAAUUUUACUAUAGAAGAUGCCACUGGGAAACCCCUACAAGCAAAAACGGUGGAUUCAGUUUGUCUAUACGCGGGAUUGAAAACGGAAAAUGUAACAAUUGCCUUAGAACCGGAGUCUGCAUCUUUAUAUUGUCAACAUAUCCCGGCCACUAAAUCUCACAAUUCACUUGGAAAACUUCCAGCUGGCAGCAAAUACCUCAUUCUGGACGUCGGAGGUGGAACAGUUGAUGUCACGGCACAUCAGAUUAUGCCAGACGGAAUCCUCAAAGAAAUUAAACAAGCAACUGGCGGUGACUGGGGAGGGACAAAAGUUGACCAAGCAUUUGAAAAUUUCCUAUCUGAAAUAACAGGCGAGGGCGUCAUGGAUUCCUUCAAAAAUAAAGCAAUGGAAGAUUACCUUGAUCUUAUGAGAUGUUUUGAAGUUAAGAAGAGAGAGAUAAAAGCAACAAGUGAGAGACAGGUAUCUUUAAAGAUACCUGUAGCUUUGAUUGACCAGACUAAAGAGCACACUGGCAUAACAGUCCGUGAAAAGAUUCAAAAGACAAAAUAUAAAGACCAACUAGAUCUAGCUGGUGAUAAAAUAAGACUAGAUGCUGAUAUCAUGAAAGGAUUCUUUACAGAAUCAUUGGAAAACAUCGUAAACCAUUUGGAGGAUCUCUUUCGUUUACCGCAGUUGAAAGAAUGCCAAGCAAUACUUAUGGUAGGCGGUUACUCCGAGUCUUCCAUUCUUCAAGAAAGAAUAAGAGCUUGUUUCCGAGAGAAGAAUGUGAUAAUACCAGCUGAUGCAGGACUUGCUGUUCUAAAGGGAGCGGUAAUUUUUGGUCACAACCCUUCUUUAAUUGCGGAAAGAAUAUGUAGGUUCACGUACGGAACUGCUAUCACGCAUAAAAAGAAAAGUACAUGCACCCAUCGUAAAACUACAACUUUUAUUGCAGAAGAAGAAGAACGUUGCAUGAAUAUAUUUGACGCCCAUGUCAGUGCUGGAGAUAUUGUCAAAGUAGGUGAAUGGCAAGAAGAAAAGUUAUAUACACCGAUUCAUAAAACACAGACGUCUUUGUUGUUUAGCAUUUAUUGUACGAAAGAUCGCUCGCCUGAAUUAGUAACUGAUUCAGGCUGUGUAAAAUUGGGUGAGGUCAGGCUUCUUAUGCCAGAUACAACAGGUGGUGUCGAUCGUGAAGCGUUUGCAAGUUUUCGAUUCGGUGGUACAGAGUUAGAGGUGAAAGUUAAUGAUAAAUCAGCAGGGACGGAAAGAAAAAUAUCGCUGUCAUUCUUAGGUUGA